AUGGAGGCCACCCUCACCCAUCGGCCAUGGGAGUCGACGUCCACCGGGCCCCAGACCCCAACCGCUACCACGUCCUCCCAGACGCUGCCCUCCAUCUCGACCCUCACGGCGACCAUGAAUCAUAACCCUCCUCCCGCCGAGAAGUCGCCAGGAAAUGCCUCUCUGAAUACCAUUGAGCGCGAUUCCGGCAACUGGUCCAUGCCUCAGAGUACCACAACCAAUGGAACUGGAAAUUACCCUUCUCUUUCCUUCCUCACCUCAUCGCAACCCUCUCCGAAUCGCGUCUCCACCGUCUCCGAUCGAUCGCCCUAUCCGACCGAUCAGUCCACCACCAAUACCCCGUCGUCCGCCGGCGCGCAACCCUCCCCCAACUUCGGCUCUUCUCAGGCGCCCUCCGGACUGCCGUCCCUGAACCAGAACUAUGACGCCGCCUCGCAACGAGGGAGCAUCGCAGAGCCCGCCGAGUCCCGCCGGAGCAGUAUCGAUAGUCGAAUGAACCAGGGCAUCAGCUCCCUCGCCAUCAACCCGGCCUCACCCUAUCACAGCACCAACGCUUCCCAAACGUCGCUGGUUUCGGGGCUGCAACGGGAACGGGGCAUCCCCGUCGAUGCGAACAGCUCCUAUCGAGGCCCGCGCUACUCGUCGGGACAGCCGCUGUCCCCGUUGGGUCCGCGCGCCGGCGAACAUCGGGGCUUUGCGGCUGGCCGCACCGCUCCGGCCAUCUCGUCGAAUCCGCGCUCCGAAAUCUAUAAUGCCGAGGCGCCCACCGCCGGUCUGGCCUAUGCCUUUCCCGAUCCCGACGUUGCCCGCUCGAAUUCUAUCUCCUCCACGACGGAGAAAUCCCACCAUCAGUUCUCUCGCAAGGGGAGCGCCGCAGAAUCGUUGGCGAGUAGCGUGUACUCGGAGCGGUUGCCCCGUGGCCAGCAUGAACUGCCGCAGAAUGUCCAUCAUCAUUCCUUACAGCAUAAGCAAGUCCGGGGGAUCAUUGGCGAGUCCGAUGCUCACAGCAGUAGCACGCCGUACAGCAGAACCCCGGAAUUACGCGUCACCCACAAGCUGGCGGAGCGCAAGCGCCGCAGCGAGAUGAAGGACUGUUUCGAAGCUCUGCGGGUCCGUCUUCCACAGAGCCAAAACAACAAGUCCAGCAAAUGGGAGACGCUUACGCGAGCAAUUGAAUACAUUGGCCAGCUCGAGAAGAUGCUCACGAGUGUCCGUCGCGAGAAUGAGGCACUGCGGAACGAGCUCGAAGACAUGCGGGCGCAAAUGAACCAGGGGCCGUCCAACGGACCUUCUCGACCGGCGUCGAUGUUCGAGCAUCAUUCGAUGGUGCCGCAACCCAAUGGACAGCCACACAGUCAUAUGUUCUCCAACUACGGGCCGGGGUCCGGCAUGGCGCAAGACCAGCCUCGAACCCUCCCGCCGUUGAUGAACGGGUCGGUCGCUCCUAUGCAAGGUAUUCAGUAUACCGAUGACCGACGGUAG